CCUCGCGAGAGCGGGGCUGACUAGAGUCGCUGGUGAUUAGGGGGACGCAUCGCGGUGUUAUGUUGGACGCUGCUCAGUUGGUCCUGCCGUCCGACUCUCCGGUUGGUUUGCUUCUGUCUCACUGAGAGCGAAGGCUGGGUAAAUGCCUGGCAAGCGGUGUGGUGAGAAUGAGGACCAGCCAAAGGUUGAACGGCCUUGGGGGCGGCACCCUGGCUCUAAAACCAGGCUCAGCAGCGGCUAUGGUGGACGCCGCUGCGGCUUGGGCAGGGGCUUAGGCCGCCCGGGGCGGGGCGGAGGCGGUGGGCAUCCUGCUCCCGGGCCAGACACGUAUUAAGAGGAGGCGGAGGGUCAUGUGUCUGGAAGACGAGAUGAAAAUUCUCGAGAAGCUGGAAGAAGGGUUUGCGCACCCUUAAGCAAAACGAGGAGGCGGUCAGGACCAGCAUGGAGAGUGUUUCGCCCGUCUGCUCCUAGGUGCUGUGCAUUCCUCAGGACGUAAACAUCAAGAAGAUGGAGACGAAUUAAUCUUUGGGGUCUAGGAUUAGACCAAAGGAGGAGGGGGCAGCCUCUGACGCUGAAGGCCAUCUGCAGCCAGGCCAAACGGGUUUACAUGCAACUGGUGGAAACCACUGGCAAGGGCAACCCAGAGAAGUUUCAUGCGAGCAAGGGAUGGUUGGAGAAGUUUAGAAAUCGCCAUAGGUUGCUGAAUUCGAGGUUGAUAGGGGAGGAAGAACCGUUAAAUACCCAGUCGGCACCCACGUAUUCCAAGCAACUCUAGUAACUGAUCAGAGUUAGUGGCUUUGUACCUCAGCAGGUCUUCACCGCCAAGCAGAUGAGCCUGUUUUGGAAGUGCUUGCCUUCGCGUACUUUUGGGGAAAAAGACAAAAUUCCGGAAAGCUUAGAGGAAGCUAAGGACUGGAUUUCUUUCAAUUUUUGUGCCAGUGCCGCAGGUGACAAAACCGUGGCUGCUUUAUGAAGCAGCACCUGUUUUAUGGAAAAAAAUAUAAAACGCCUUCCUAGUUUCCGGCGAUCACUAACAGUAUCAUUAACAGCUGCCCUCAUUUUGGAUUGGCUUCGUAAUUGUUUUAUUCAUUGAACCUGGAGUUAUUUAACAGAAAAAAAUCUUGCCUUCAGAGUGUUACUGUUUUUGGACAGAGGUCUCAGUCACCCAGACUCCAUUCUUUGCUCAUUCCAAUGAUGAUAUUGUUUCUCCAUCUGGAGGGCAGUAGCUAUCUUAAGCCCUUGGAUCAGGGUAUAAUUGAAGCAUUCAGGAGGUAAUACACCAAGCAUAUGUUUGACUACUUUGCCGACUUUUUGAAAAAAACCCUUGCCUCACUUUGAAAGAAACAUGGCAACAGUACAACUUUAAUGAUGCUUUGGUAGUAAUAAAAGAGGUGAUGGAUGAUAUAAAAACCAGCCUCUCUUAAUAAAGCUUGGUGGAACCUUUGGGAUGAUGUUGUGAAUGAUUAUGCAUGUUUCCCUAGAGCUAAUGAAGAAGUUGAAAAAAAUCAGAGUCUGAAAAUGGAUGGGCUUUAAAUUCAUCGAUAUUGAUGAAAGUGAAAUUAAUAAGCUACUUAAGUUUCAAGCUUUGGCAAUAACAGAGAGAGUCUAUAUCUGUAGAUGAGGAAGAAGGCAAAUCUCUGGAACCAGAGAUAAAGUUGAACUUAAGGAAACAAUUCUGUCUUACACCAGGUGUCAGACCUCAUUGAAGCUGCAAUUGAUCUUUACUGGAUUGAAGUUUGGCCUUUAAAAAUUUCAGUAAAUUGUUGUAUAUCUGUAAAGAGGCCCAAAAGAACCUUCAAAAUAAAGCAAAGGAGAUGAAGAAAGAGAAGGAAGACACAAACAAUAAAGAGGAAGUAGUGUGGGUGAAAGAGAUGGGUACAGAAUCUGACUCUGAAGAGGAUUCUGAGUCCAUAUCUGAAACCAGUAAGGAGGAGGAGAGAAAGAGGGUAAGAAGCCUCCAGAAGAAGAGCUUAUAAUCUCAGGCAGUGGCACUGAGGCUCUUACUAGAGCUGAAGAAUCUGCCAAGGCCAUAAAUGCAGAAUUGGACUUUUGGAAUCUAACCUUGGAAUUGAAUCUGAAGAGAGUAGAAGUGCCUGAGUUGAAGUAAGAAGAGAAUCCAGAAGCGGUUUCUUCCAAAUAACAGUUCAUCUCUUGCCAUCCUUCCCCUGCUGCCCCAGCAUCGCCUUCAUCAUGACCAUCCUUAUAAUCACCAAAUCAACAAACAUUUAUUGAGCAUAAUCUCUGUGGGAUCCUGUGCUAAACUCUGGGACAUCAUCUCAGGAUCUAAGAUCCUGACUGCUUCUUUCCUGACAUACCCCAUGCUCAGGACCCUUAGCCAGCAGCUCCUUUCAGUUGUCACUGGCAGCUAUGUCUCCGGCACUUACUCCAUCGUUUUUGUCAACUGUCCCAACGAGCAGAUUGCCAGAGAUAUUGCCAGGGCUAUACUGGAUAAGAAGCUGACUGCCUCUGUGAACAUCCUGCCUAAGGCAUACUCACUAUACUAUUGGAAUGGAGAAAUAGAAGAAGCCACUGAAAUCCUGCUGUUAAUAAAGACAAAGACUUCCAAGGUCCGUAUGCUAUCCAGCUACAUCAGGUUGGUGCAUCCUUUUGAAAUCCCAGAGGUCUUCAGUCUUCCCAUGGACCAAGGAGAUGUGCACUAUUUAAAGUGGCUGGAGGAGGCCAUGGAGGAGGAAUGAGUGGGGGCUUCUUGUGCCUCCUGCUGGCUGACUCUAACCUUCAUCAGCUGUUCUCUGGGGGAAGGGAGGCUUCUCUCUGCCCCCUCGCAUCUCUGGAUUCCAUGCUUUUGUCUGCACAGAGGAGUUAAGUAACUUGUGGAGGGUGAAGGUCCAAGGCUUCUGAGGCUGGAAGAGGACGCUGGGCCAGUCAGGCCAAGCAAGAACCCCGUGGAUCUUGUCUCUGAGUGCAUCAUGCGUAAAGUGUCACAGCUGACUACAGGAAAUAGGAGAAGACAGGGACAAGACACCAGCUGUCUCUGCCAGGUACUGCCCUAGGUUCUUAACAUUAUUUUAUCCUUACAAGUCAAUGUUAUCCUCAUUUUGCAGUUGAAACCUGAGGUCAGAGAGCAGGAGACACUUAAAGUAAAUGGCAGAACUAGGCUCCUAACCCAAGUCUCUGAUUCUAAAUCUGAUGCUCUUACUGCCUCUUUCAAAGAGGUUGGAUGUAUCCCUUUGUAGGCCAAAGAUCCAGAGAACCUGCUGUAGCCAACUCUAAAGGAAGAGUUAUUCGCUCCGAAAACAUGUGUGGUAGUUGGUGUUGAUAUAUUGCAUUACUUCUCCCCACAGAUCUGGAUGUUGGUGAUAAUAUCUUCAGUUCUACAGAUGAGGGAACGGAUUUAGAGGAGUUUAAUGGUUAGGGUCUGUGUGACUCCAGCUUACAUGGUUUGGCCACUAUACCACAUUGUCCUCCCAGAUGAUGCUGUGGGAGCUGGGGCUAGGACCUUCAUCAGGGUUUCCACGCGGGAAUUCCUUCCCAGCAUUUCUCAGGAAACUUACGUUUUUUGAUCCCAGAAUCCCUGGGAGAGGAGAGUCAGUUGAGGAAAUGUGAAAAAGUAUUAAAGUUUUAUCUGUGAACACUAAAGCUUAAAAGCAUAGAGACGUUGCUGGUUUGAGGGAAUCCAGCUUCAUCAAAUAAAAAACUAGAGCAAGAAAUGCUAACAUAGAGUUGAAGACUAAGAGAACCAGGACAGGAGCAUGUAGAAGAGAGAUGGUUUCCACCGAGUCAGUCUUGCCUGUGAUUGUUGGCACGUCAUAAGAGCGUGUGUCUAGCCCUGUCUGCCGCAAACUGUGAGUUAUUCUUGCAAAUAAGAUAAGUUUAUACAUGUAGUGUACUUUAUACAAAUCCUAUGAGCAGUGUUCCAAGAAAUAAGCUUUGGAAGCAAAAUAAAUUCUUAAUUUGGCAA